GCCUCGGCUUUUCUUUUGUUGUGCCGUUCAUGUUAAACUUGAACCAGAUUGUCUUGUGCUGUUGCCGUGCUGCUCAAGUCAGAGAUCCAUCGGGGGAGCCACACGCUGUUCGAUCACUAAAGUCCUCCCAGAUCCAACUCUCUUUGUUAUUAAGCCUCCGGCUUCUAAGGACUGGCAACUAUCAUGGGAAAUAAUGGCGAAUCCAAUGUUAAGGAUGUGGGGGUUGCUGAACUCGAAGAGUCGCCGAGCAGAUCUCCAACGCAAAGCCGACCCACUAGCAUGGUUAUCAAGAAGGGGCGAAGGGUGAUUCCAGCCCACUUGAUCGCCGAAGCCAUAUCGACCCUUCAUGGACUCGACUUGAGAUGGUCUGGACCGAUCACGCCGAGCGAAAUGCAAUAUGUUGAACAGUACGUGUUCGCCAAGUACCCUCAGUACUGCAAUGGACUCGUGGAAGGAGAAAAGAUCGAUUUCGACAGUCUUUCCAUAAAUGAUGAGGCUGAUCCCGGGCCAGAUGACAAGAGGAAGUCCCCGAAAAGCAGCGCCAUGGGAGGUAACAAAGAUUUGUCGUCUCCCUCGUUCAACAGGAGCCUAUCUGACCUCGACAAAACGCAGCUGGAGCCAUCGAGACUGCUCGACAUCCUCAUGAAGAAAUCCUCUCCCCAGGGUAACUUCAUAUCGAUUCCGGAAAUACAAGCACGAAACCGAGCCUUGAGGCAUUGUGGCCUAAGGGAAGAUGACUAUUUGGUCCUGUUCAUGCCGAAUUACAAGGACGCUAUGGUCAUGAUAGGAGAGAGCUAUCCCUUCUUCAAGGGAAGCUACUACAUGACCAUCAUCGGCGAAGAAGACGAUAAGAUUAGAGAGUUUGCAUCUGCCAAAGAAUCGAAGAUCAUCGCGGCGCCGGAGACGUGGUUAGACCUUAGGAUUAAGGGGUCUCAGCUGAGCCAGUACUUCAGGAGGAAGUGCAAGCACAUUCCCAAGGGACUAUUCUCAUACCCUGCUGUCGUGAACGGGACCCGCCCCUCGAUGCACUGGAUAUCAGAGGCCCACAGGAACUCAUGGCAUGUCCUGCUCGACGCCACGGGAUUGGUCUUCGGGGAAGAUCACCUAGCACUGGCCCUGCACAGGCCAGACUUCGUGCUGUGCACGCUGGAGAACGGCCCGGUCCAGCCGGCCAGGAUCACCUGUCUGCUAGUGAGAAGGAAGUCGUUCGAUACCGCGGCAUCUACCGCUUGAUGUGGACAUGUGAGAUGAAUGAAUUAAUACUCGUGAUUGAAGAUCAAUAUUCAUAAAUAUAUGUAUCUUGAUGAGUUAAUUAUUCUAAGGGGAAAUUAAGCCAUGACGACGAUGUUGUCUGUGGUUGCCCCUAGGCAAAAGGUGGAGACGUCAAUAGAUGUGACUUUCGGCCAAUAUCUAAUUUAAUUUCUCUUCCCCAA